AUGUCUAAACCAAAAGUUAAAAAAACCAGAGCCGGUUUAAGUGUACAUUUAUUUGGAACAGUGACAGAUCUUGAUCCUGAAAUAAUAAAUGUGCUUCCAACUUACCAACAAGUGAUGUUGUGUUAUGAAAGCGUUCGCAUUCAGUUAAAAGGUGAAGGGAGCAAAGAACCUCCAUUAAAUACUAUUGCUAAUAUUGUAGCAGAAAAAAUUAAAAUUAUAUGGCAACGUGCAUCACUCCCAAUUUUAACACAUAAAAGAAUAGUAGAUAUGAUUUUAUCAUACCACGCCAAGUAUAAAAACAUAAUUAAACCUUUCAAAUCGAGAGACACACCGUUUUUAAGUAAAAAACUGGAAACAUUCAAAAACAGUGCCCAAAAACUUUUUGAUAUUUGUAGCUGCAAAUGUUCCACUUUUCAGAGCUGUAAAUGUCCAAAAGAAAAAAAGGUGUCUGAAAUUGAGUGGCCAUUCAUUAUCGAUCAAAGAAAUGACCGGAAAAUGUUAAUCGGGCCAGUUGAUCGUGUAAUAACAAAAAAACUUCAAAAAAAGUUAGAAAGACAAGCCAAAAACCUUAAACCACCUGUAAAAGGAGUCGACACCGACAUGUCGGUUUGCUGUCACCAAAGGAAAAUAGAAAGUCCUCAGCCAAGUACUAGUGGAAUACAAAUUAGCACUUCAGAUGACAGCGAUGCAGAUUUUGAAUGUCCCAAAUCUUUAAAACCAAAGCGACCCAAAAUUGAUAAACUGUCAUCUCAAAUGAGAGUUCCAUUAACUCAUACAGCAAAAGUUGCAGAUUUAACGGGUGUUUCGAGUCGAGUUGUAGCAAAAAUCACAACCGCUGUAUUGGAAGAUAUGAAUAUCGUUUCGGCUAGCAACACUUCCAAAGUCAUUGACAAAAAUAAAGUUCGGAGAGAAAUAAAAAGAAACAGAAAACAGUUAACAGAAAAAAGUUUUUGUGACAAUAAGAGAAUAAAAGGAUUAUAUUUUGACGGUCGUAAAGAUCAAACAUUGGAAUAUGUGGCCGGAAAACGCAUAGUUAAGCCUGAAGAACACAUUGCGCUUGUUGAAGAACCUAACAGUCAAUAUUUUGGCCAUUUGUCUUUAUUUCCUUCAGUAAAAGCAGUCGACUUAUCUAAUGGUAUUAUUAGAUUUUUGAGUGAUUUAAAUAUUGAUACACAAGAGCUUCAGGUAAUUGGAUGUAAUGGCACAAAUGUCAAUACGGGAUGGAAAGGAGGAGCUAUAAGGUAUAUUGAAGUCGCUUUAAAUAAACCUUUACAGUGGAGCAUAUGCCUAUUGCACUCAAACGAAUUGCCUCUUCGCCAUUUGUUACAGAAUUUGGAUGGCCACACAAAAGGUCCAUAUAGCUUUUCUGGACCUAUUGGCAAGUUACUUAAUGACUGUGAACUAAAAUCUGUUGAAAACUUUCAAAUAAUUUAUACGGAAUUGCCUGAAAUUGAGAAAAAUGAUCUUAGCAUGGAUCAAAAAUAUUUAUUUGACAUUUGUAAAGCUAUAAAAAGUGGAACAUGUUGUGAAAGUGUAGCUAAAAGAAACCCAGGGAAAAUAUCGCACUCCAGAUGGUUGACAACGGCUAAUAGAAUUCUCCGGCUUUAUAUUUCUACCAUAAAUCCAUCAGAAAAUUUUCAAAUUCUGGUGGAAUUUAUAAUGAAAGUCUAUGCGCCCAUGUGGUUUAAAAUCAAAUCAAAACCAUUCAUUCAAGAUGGAGCUCGACAUUUGUGGGAUGCAAUACGUCUGAGCAGACCAUUUCCAGACCACGUCAAAGUAAUUGUCUAUAAAGUUUUCGAAGGUAAUGCGUACUUUGGUCACCCUGAAAAUAUUUUAAUUGCGAUGAUGACAGAUGAAAGACAACACAUAAGACAGUUAGCUGUUAAAAAAAUACUUAAGAUCAGGAAGAAUUUAAUACAAUCUGAAAGUAUAAGAAUUUUUAAAAUCCCAAAGUUAAAUUUUAGUGCCGACGACUAUAUAGAUUUAAUUGACUGGUCUCAAACAAAUAUUUCAGAGCCACCUUUAACGAUGUCCAUGACUGAAGAUGACCUUAAUAAACUUCUUCAAACUGGAGAAAAGUUUCAACUCGAUAAAUUCCCAUGCCACACGCAGGCUGUCGAAAGGAUGGUUAAAAUUAUUACAGACGCAUCGACAACUGUUUGCGGUCAAGAGUCACGUGAAGUUGACAGGUUGCAAGAUCCAGACUACACAGUUGGUAGUAAAAAUGCAAAAAAGAGAUUAUAUCAUACUGCUUUUGUUGCGUCGAGUGAAUCCUCCAAGGAUAGCGAAGAGGAGAAUAUACAAGCUAAAGUAAAAACGACCAAAAAACAGCUCCGCGUGAUGGCCCUGAUUCAAUGA